AUGUGGGAGGCAGUGAGCCACAAGGGGCAGAGGCCGUACCAGGAGGACAGGUGCCUGGCGAUCCCUGGAAAGGUAGGAAUCUUCGCAAUCUUCGACGGCCAUCGCGGAUCACAGGGGAGCGGCGAUUCGAUCGAAACGCUGCUCACGGGCGCGCUAUCCGCCGCGAUCGCGGACAUCGAGGCAGAGCUCCUCAAUGAAUCGGAGAGGGGUGGAUUCGUGGCCGGAUCGACAGCGUGCGUCGCAGCGAUCAGUGGCGAGACCGUGGUCGUGAUGAAUCUGGGCGAUUCUCGAGCGAUAAUCUGUGGCGUGGAGGCAGGGGAUUGCGUACGGCUGACCCGGGAUCAUCAGCCGUACUGGGAGGACGAAAGGAAGAGGAUCGAGGCGGCAGGUGGAGUCAUCCACAGCAAUGGGAGGCUGUUUGGGGAAUUCGAGGUGUCCAGGGCGAUUGGCGAUCGGGAUCUCAAGAAGUUUGGGAUGAGCGCGGUGCCGGAGUUCACGGUCUAUCAUCUCCAGAGGCAGAGGCCAUCGCCACUCUAUCUCUUGGUUGGAUCGGAUGGGGUUUUCGAGAAGUUGAGGUUCCAGGGCGUUUGCGAGACCGUUGUAGAACUGCUCAGGAAUGGAGAGGAAAGUGGAAUUGCUUCCAGAGUGAUUACUAAGGCACUCGUGGCUGGAACGAGUGAUAAUCUCACGCUUGUCGUCGCAAAGCUGGUGUGAUUCUUCGAUCGAUCAACUUGGCGAUAUAGGAAAUCUUUGGCACGAAGUUGACAGUGCUUUGAACAAAGGUUAUAAUGAAGGUUGAAGUUCCAGGGAAAA